GGGGCCGUGGCCGAGGACUGUUCGGAUGACUCCCUGCUGGCUGGCCUGGGCCUGCUCCUGGCGCUGCCAGGACCACGGCUAGGCGUUUUGGCUUCUCUCCCCGCGCGGCUCUGUGGCCGCGGCGGCCUGACCGGAAGACUGAGUGGGAUGAGGCUGACGCGGAAGCGGUUCUGCUCGUUUCUCAUCGCCCUGUACUGCCUCUUCUCUCUCUACGCCGCCUACCUCGUCUUCUUCGGGCGCCGCAGCCGAGUGCCGACUGCUACCUCUCGGGGCCUCAGGAAGGGGGCGGCUCCAGCGCGGGAGAGGCGCGGCCGAGAACAAUCUACCCUGGGGAGUGAAGAAUGGAAUCCUUGGGAAGAAGAUGAAAAAAAUGAGCAACAACACAGAGUUAAAACUAGCCUUCAAAUAUUAAAUAAAUCUACAAAGGGAGGAAAAACAGACCCCCAUGUACAAAUCUGGGGCAAAGCUGCCAUUGGUUUGUAUCUUUGGGAGCAUAUUUUUGAAGGCUUGCUUGAGCCCACUGAUGUGACCGCUCAGUGGAGAGAAGGAAAGUCAAUUGUGGGAAACACACAUUACAGCUUCCUCACUGGUCCAUCUGUAGUCCCAGGGUACUUCCCCACUGAUGUGAGUAAUGUGGUGCUUGUUUUAAAUGGAAGAGAAAAGGCAAAGAUCUCUCAUGCCACCCAGUGGUUAUUUUUUGCACAGACUUUAAAGAAAACUCAAAAACUCCAGCAUCUUGCUGUGGUUUUGCUUGGAAAUGAACAUUGUGAUAAUGACUGGAUACUCCAAUUCCUCAAAAGAAAUGGAGGUGUAGUGGAGCUGCUUUUCAUAACAUAUGACAGCCCCUGGAUUAACAACGUGGAUAUUUUUCAGUGGCCUUUAGGAGUAGCAACAUAUAGGAAUUUUCCUGUGGUAGAAGCAAGUUGGUCAAUGCUGCAUGAUGAGAGGCCAUAUUUAUGUAAUUUCUUAGGAACUAUUUAUGAAAAUUCAUCUAGGCAGGCACUAAUGAACAUUUUGAAACAAGAUGGGAAUGAUAAGCUUUGUUGGAUUUCAGCAAGAGAACAGUGGCAGCCUCGAGAAACAAAUGAAAGUCUUAAGAAUUACCAAGAUGCUUUGCUUCAUAGUGACCUCACUUUGUGCCCAGUAGGAGUCAACACAGAAUGUUAUAGAAUAUAUGAGGCCUGCUCCUACGGCUCCAUUCCUGUGGUGGAAGACGUGAUGACAGCAGGCAGAUGUGGAAAUUCUUCUGUUCACCACAAUGCUCCUCUGCAGUUACUCAAGUCCAGGGGUGCUCCCUUCAUCUUUAUUAAGAACUGGAAGGAACUUCCUGCCAUUUUAGAAAAAGAGAAAACUAUAGUUUUAAAAGAAAAGGUUCAAAGAAGAAAAGAAUUACUUCAGUGGUAUCAACAAUUCAAAACAGAGCUAAAAACGGAAUUUACUGAUGCUUUAGAAAGUUCAUUUUCAAUGAAUAAUAAACGUUAACUAUUAAUUAUC